AUGUCUGGAAACGGGUCAGGGGGGGUGUCCGAUUGGAUAUCAGCUGUAUCAUCCGUUGCUGCUGCCAUCGUUGGCCUCAUGACUUUAGUUACCGUCUACACUGGAGCUAUCCAAAUCCUCUCACAGAAUCGGAUGUACAAACUUGGCCUGUCACCCGAAUCUCUCGGCCCAUGGACUGCCAAGGUUGCACAAUCAACACUCUUGGGCUUCCAAUGGCGCAUAUCGACCCCAUCUGUCAGCCUCAAGUCCCUAGUUAAGAACAAGUGGCAACCGAAUAUCGUCUUCCCAGUCGGUUUCCCGCGACGAGGCUGCGUCGAAAGGGGGGACAAUGUCAUGGCUAAGGCAAGCUGGGUCAACUUCAUGCAAGGUCUAGGCCUAUCCCCCACUGAUGAUACUUUCUAUGAAAUGUGGGGCGUCUCCGGGCUUGUAAACUGCAUCGUUCCCAUGCGAUGGACGGGGCAAGAUCUCGUGGGGAUAUGCUCCAUACUGGGAUUCCAGUCGUUUGAGAAGGAACCUAGCUUUAAAUCCCCGAUGAUCCUUCCCAUGCAGUGGUCCGGCCCACUUGGCUGGGUGCAGUUCCGAUCCAGUGAAAAUGGGUGCGUCGCUGAGUUCCGGAACAGGAUAGACUUGUAUAACCAGAUACCCCUCGAUUUCCAUAAAUAUUAUAACGACUGGAGUUCCGACCUACCUCGCGAGCCCUAUUACCUAGAGUCACGUCUCUGGAAUUCUAUCAAUGGCUUAUAUCUUAAAGAAGGGGGAGGUACGUCCCUGUACCUCGGCGGAGCGAUUAAGUGCAAUGUAGACCAAGACCCAGGUGACGAGGAAGACAUUCCCCAAGACCAGGUACUCGAUGAUCUCAUGUCAGCAGACCUUCCCAAUGAAGACAUUCUACGGAUGCUCUUUGGUAGAAGAAAGGAUCGGCCAGCGGCGCUGCAGCGAGAAUUCGAGAGAGCACGGGGAGGUGGUCGACCCUUCGCUGGAAAGCGCCGCGAGGAUGACACGGACGACUUCCUCAAUUCUAUGCUCCGGGAUACCAUGGAAUCCAGCAAUAAGAAGCAGGUCUUCUUGCCCUGCCCGGGAUUACUGUCAGUGUCUUUCCACGGCGAGCUAGCCCACAACCGGGGCUUGAGUAUCAAAGAUUCGAAGGAAUAUCGUCGCAUUUACAUUGACAACAAGGAUGUGGACAAAAUCCGAUACCCCUACAAGCUUGGCGACCUUUAUAUGGAUAAGAAGCUCCUCAAGUAUGUCAAAGAAGCAAUACUUCUCCUCAGACCUGACGGCUUCUAUUUUUCUCCCACGCCACGCCUGUAUGGCGACCUCUGUGAAGCCUACCAGCAUAUUGAGGACCAAAUAAAGAAGAAGAUCUUUGCUAUCGACGAUAAACCACGUGCACAAGGGUCAAAAGUCCCAAACGGAUCCCCAACUGUUCCCCCACUUACAGGGAAAUAUGCAUAUCUUGAUUAUGGAAUGCGACUCUGUAACGAGCUUCAGGUCACACGGAAGACAGCGAAGGCGUGCUUCUCGGUCGAUGAUAUGCGCCUAUUUUCCAAGGCGGCGUGUGCUUUAAAGGAGAUUUUGAGCCCUACCGGCCGCAGUGACGGGGAGGGUUUGGUGUGGGCUAUGCUCUACUGCACGGAUCUCUCCACGAAUGUUCGGAGAUGGUUUGAAGCCGCUGGCAACGACAAGGAAGCCUUCUUCUCCGCCAAGAUCACAAGUAAACAUGGCCAACUGGACUGUGCGAGCUUGCUUUCCUUGGCUGACCCGGCUGAACAAGAGAAGCUGACGCUAAAAACGGCAACCACGUUCACGGUGCCCCUCCUCGACGACGGUGAGUUCACAGGAGCGCAGAUCCUGGCCGCCCUAACGAUUGUUUUCAUCACGUACUUUUGGAUUUCGAAGAAGUGGAUCACGGACGUUGCUGCGGACAUGUUACGAGAUUGCCGGAAGUAG